GCUCUGGAAUGCUUGACGUUAGGAAAAUAAAGUAGCGUACGUAGCUUGACGGUGGCGAUCGGGCUUUUUGGAUUGGGAAGUGAGAGUAGAGAGACGGCAGCCGCCGAGUGAAACUGAAUCAAUAACUAUACAGUGUGCGGAUAUUCCACCUUUGUUGUUCUUGUACAACCAGCCCACCCCUACGUAGCCAUCAGAGACUGGCGUGCUGGUUACACGAGACAACAGCGGUCGGUCUGUGUCGUGACGACGACAGUCGGAAGAGCCGGAAUAACGACCUUCACCUCCAUAGACAGACGACCUUCACCUCAAGUACUGAAACCAGCAUCAAGCAGGUUAUUCUGAGAUCUAUUAUCUCAAUAAACUGCGUGAAGAAGAAGAUAAAAACAUGUAUUGACGCCUGAACAGUGUUCAGAUUUAGAAAGGAGCUGUGAGCUGAGCCCUCAGAGUUGCCGAUCGCGCUCUUGUUCUCCGAGCUUACGACAACAAAGCGUAAAAAUGCUCAGGACAAAGAUACUGUUGAAAUUGCCAGCCAGCUUCGGUGCCUCUUCCAUUUUAUCUUGUGCCCAGACUCGUGCACUCUUGAAUAGCCAGCAUGGCACAACAUAUGGCUGGCUUCAAGUCUCAUAGGAAUUGCUACUGCACAGAUCAGCAGCAAGUACAAGGGACUGCAUUAAUCAUGCGAAGUGACUUAGCCAAAGUAAAACGUGUGGUGGUCAAACUUGGAAGUGCUGUCAUCACUCGAGAAGAUGAGUGUGGUUUAGCACUUGGUCGGCUGGCCUCUAUUGUUGAGCAGGUGGCAGAACUUCAAGCUCAGGGCAGAGAAAUGCUAAUGGUUACCAGUGGAGCUGUAGCAUUUGGAAAGCAGAAGCUGCGUCAAGAAGCUGCCAUGUCCAUGAGCAUGAGGCAAAGUCUGCUAAGUGCAGACAAAAGUGGGAUGCGCCCCCCAACACUGGAACCUCGAGCAUGUGCAGCUGCUGGACAGAGUGGGUUGAUGUCCAUGUAUGACGCUAUGUUUCAACAAUAUGGUCUCAAGACUGCUCAGGUUCUGGUGACUAAACCUGACUUCCAGAAUGAAUUCACUCGCAGAAACUUGAGAAGUACACUUGCAGAACUGUGUAAACUUAAAAUUAUUCCAAUUAUCAAUGCCAAUGAUGCUGUUGCACCACCACCAGAACCAGAUAAGGACCUCGCAGGGGUAAUAAGUGUGAAGGACAACGACAGCCUAGCUGCUCGCCUGGCAGUGGAAGUUGGGGCCGAGCUGCUCAUCAUCAUGAGUGAUGUAAAUGGGCUUUAUACAGCACCUCCAGGAAUGCCUGAUUCACGCCUUCUCCACUCUUUCUGCCCUAUGAGCCCUGAAGAUUCAAAAAUUAUCAUUGGAGACAAGUCCCGUGUUGGUUUGGGUGGAAUGGAUAGCAAGGUCAAAGCUGCAACCUGGGCACUUAAGAAUGGCACAUCAGUUGUCAUCUGCAAUGGAUGCGAGGAGAAGGCAGUGGUGAAUAUUGUGAAGGGCAAGAAAGUUGGUACUUUUUUUACCAUGGCACCAAUGCAAGGUACACCUGUGGAGGUCCAGGCUCGCCUAGCACGUGAGGGUAGCCGACAGCUGCAGGCGUUGACUGGGGAGCACCGUUCUGCCAUUGUCAAUCGGUUGGCUGAUCUAUUAAUAGAGAAGAAGGCUGAUAUCUUGGCAGCUAACCAGCAGGACAUUAAUCAGGCCUACAAUCAAGGUAUGUCACAGCAUAUGAUGGCACGCCUGUACCUGAGCGAGCAGAAGUUACAGACCUUGGCCACUGGUCUGAGGCAGAUUGCCAAAUCUUCCCAGAAUGCAGUGGGUCGUGUGCUGAAGCGCACUGUCAUGGCUGAAAAUCUCCAUUUAGAGCAGAUUUCUGUCCCAAUUGGUGUGCUUUUGGUUAUUUUUGAAUCAAGACCAGAUGCUUUGCCACAGGUUGCGGCUCUUUCCAUCUGCAGUGGAAAUGGCCUGCUACUGAAAGGAGGUACAGAAGCAUCUAACAGCAACAAGCUGUUGCACACUCUGGUGCAGGAGUCAAUUUCUCCCUUUGUAUCUCCAGAUACUGUUGCAUUGGUUAGCCGGAGAGAAGAUAUUGCAGAUCUACUGCAGAUGAGUGACUACAUUGACUUGGUCAUUCCCCGAGGCUCAGCACAGCUGGUGCAAAAAAUCCAAGAAGCCAGUCACAACAUCCCAGUUUUGGGUCACAGUGAGGGAGUCUGCCAUGUAUACAUCGAUGAAAAUGUUGAACCUGAGAUGGCAUGCGUAUAGGUGGGUAUACAGAUGGUUAUUGACUCCAAAUGUGACUACCCUGCUGCCUGCAAUGCUAUGGAGACACUUCUAAUCCACAAGAAACACAGAGAAGGACCACUCUUUGACCGCAUUUGUGAAAAGCUCAGGACUGAGGGAGUUGAUAUUCAUGCUGGUCCAAGACUGUGUCGGAUGCUAAGGUUUGGACCAUCUCUGGCAGCAUCUAUGCGUACAGAGUAUGGUGGACUGGAGUGUGCAGUAGAAGUGGUUGAUGAUGUUGAUGAUGCUAUACGGCACAUAAACAAGCACAGCAGUGGUCACACUGAUGCUAUUGUCACCAAUGAUGUUGAAAAUGCUGAAAAAUUCUUGAAGCUAGUGGACAGUGCCUGUGUGUUCAGGAAUGCUAGCACAAGAUUUUCAGAUGGAUACCGUUUUGGCCUAGGUGCUGAGGUUGGCAUUAGUACAUCACGUAUACAUGCACGUGGCCCGGUUGGAAUUGAAGGACUGCUGACCACAAAGUGGGUGCUUAAGGGUGCUGGACAAAUAAAUCGUGACUUCACCGAUGGCCACCUGGAGUAUCUUCACCAGCACCUGCCAGUUAGUGCAGAAAGUGAUAUGGAAACUGUGGCUUCCAUCUCAUCAUCAUCACAGCGGUCCACUGUUUAACUAAUUUUUUUUAACUUUCCAGUUUCCCAACCUCUUACUCAAGUUCCACUGAUGUAUGACUUGCGAAUGACAUUUGGUUGCAUGUAGGAAUGUUCACGUCACAGAUCAGUAAGUGCAAAUGUGACCUUAUGGUUUACCAUUGGAUUGGUGCAGGGUAAGUACAUCUUCUCCUCGUUCGUGCCUCUUUAUGAUCAUGACAUACUUUAUGACAUAAAAAAAUUUGUUUGUAUUUUACAUGUUUGCUUUCCUGCCCUGGUCACUGUUGACUUUGAUCUCUCAGUCCUCUCAUUGUCUGACCUGAAAUCCAUCGUUUAUGGUAUAUAAAAUAUACCUCAUGUACUUAAAGUAAAUCCAGUUUUUAUGUUAACCUCCCACACUUUAAGGAUAGAAGUAAAUCGUGGGAGAAAAUGAUUUUUACAGAAAUGUUUCUGCAUCUUUUAUUGAGCUUUCCUUAUUUGUACUCUGGUCUUUGGGUGGGAGAAAUUUUAAAAAUCCUUGUUGAGUGUUAACUGUGAAUUCUUGGAUCUGAAGUUUGCGUUGCAUUUUGUUCUGCAUUUAAUGCUUUAUCCAUUUGUUUUCUUUUUUCCUGAGGUUUAUGGUUGAGUGAUUGGAGGGGUUUAAAGUUCACUCGGUCUUGUUUCUGUGAAACUGUUUACUCGACAGCUGAAUGGUGCCUGGUGUUCAGGAAAUGUAAAUGACAGUGGCAGGAAUGAAAUGAGCUCUAAAUUCUACGUUGUGAAGUAGAUGCUUUAAAGUACUUACUGUUAAUCUCCAUUUGUCACUAAAGAGGUGAAAGUCACUUUGAAUACCCCACCCAUGUGCUGAUGUGUUCAUUGUCUAAUAAUGUAAAUGGAAUGAAAAGCGAUAUAUUUAGUGUUCAUUCAUUUUGUUGCUUUAUUUUACAGUUGGCUCUAUAAAAUUUCAUCUCCAUAGUUUGUAUUAUUUCAUUUAUAUACACCUUGCAAUGAGCAGAAUACAUACUCUGGCUUAUCACAAAAGAUCACGGAAGGUCUCGCAUAGAUUCUUUUUGUGAACACAUUUACUCUUGUGUGUAAAUGAUGACAUUUAUUUUUCAAAAAUAUCCUAUUCCAUAUAAACAUGCAGAUGGGACCAAUGGAUAGUUGGCACGCUGAUGGCAGGCCACAGCUACAGGGACUAAUUUUUUGUUGGAAUGCAUUUCUAGUCUUUAUAUAAUCAAAGAAUCUCUUGUGUUGAAAUUCUCUGAACAGUUGAAUUAUUCAAGCACAAACCUUUUCUUUAGUUGCAGUAUUGAUUUUUAAUGGUUUAAUCUUAUGUCUAAGUUGUUGUUUUUUUUCCCCCAUCAUAUCAUUUGUACCUUCAGCUCCAGAUUGCAAGAGGUGGCAGGAAUUUUUUUUAAUGUCUUAUAUAUAUAUUUUUUUUUUACUUAAGUAGUCUCCCAGUUGAUGGAAAAUGAAUAAACAUUACCUUUAUGGUCUUUUUUUUUAUGGGGUUUCUGGCAGGUUCAAAUUGUCUUCUUAAAUUUUUUGUUUUCUGAUAUCAGCCUGCAUUAUCUUUUGGUUUUUUUAUAAACAUGGAAAUGUGUUGUGUUUUUUUUGUGUGCUGUGCUGUUUGAAUGCAGAUACUAGCUACUUUGUGUUGUUGUUAAAGAUUAUCUUAAUGGUUUUCUUUCACAAGUGUUAAGCUACUUUCCAUAAAUUUCACAAAUACUGAGUUGGUGGAUGAAAAUUCUUCAGCACAUUUUUCUUUGUAUUUUACGUUUACAUGCCUAAUUACAGACUUUUAGACUUAGUGUUUAGAAUACAGUGAUUGUGGGACUUCUGAGCAUUGUGAAAUCAUUCAUGUGAAAAUAUAUAUGUUAAGGGCAUGGUGAAAAGUCCAUGCUUUGAUCUGUUUUCAGGUGUAAAAUGUAAAAAUUUUUGGUUGUCAUUUGAGCAAUAGGCAUUCCAUUUAAAAAGAAAGGUGAACAAGGCUGGGGGAGGGGACCGUUUUACAAAAUGAUCAUAAUCAUUGUAACAACAGUAUCUUUAUACAAGAGAAUAUUUGAAGGAAAAAAAACCUGGGUUAUACUACCUCUUGUGUUAUGUGUAGAAAUUUUCUUUAUGUGGAAAAUAUUUGUAUGAUUCCGCUGAUUCACUUGUGAAAAGCAAUUUUGCCCAUAUGGAUGUGAGCCCAGUGUGCUGCACAUGAAAGACUACAGACCAACAGCCAAGAAACAUAACAUAUAAGAAACAUAACAGAUGAAAAUUUAGUUGGAUUGAAGACAGUAUUCGUCUCUACAUGAAAUAAAUUGGCAUGUGCUUUUUA